UCAACACUCUGUAGGGAAAAAAUCUCUGAAAAGUAAAUCAGAAGAAUUGAAAGUAACGGUAGGUUAUUUAAAAUAAUCAAGUUACUGUGCCAAAAGUGUGUUGAAGAAAAUCUUUAAAAACUGAGAAAAAUAUAAGCCUACUGGGUAUUGAUUUGGCUUUUCAGCACGGAGCCGGUACCUAUCAAAACAAAAAGGUGAUCCUUGAUUUUCUCAAACAUCACUACAUAAUUUGAAACAUAUUCUUAUAAAGAUGUCUUCACUUACACGUAAAACAACCUCUUCUAAGAAAAAAAGAAAUAGAUCUUCAUCUCAAGAGAAUAAAGCAAGAAGUUUCGAAAGCGACAUACAUAAGCUGAGACAAAUGAACUUGAACAGUUUUUCAGAAACACAGAUUGAUUUACAGAAAAGACACAGAAUGACAAAAUUUUUGUCACUACCAAAUAUUUCCUUGGCAGAAAGAUCAUUAAUAGAAACUGAUGAUUUUUUACCAGUUCCAAACAAUUCAAGAACUCCUCGAUUAGGUAUUUGGAAGUUCAUAUCGAAAAAGUCAAUUUCAAAAAUCAGACAAUCGUCGGCUAACGAAGCUAGAAGAAUUAUAGCUAGCUUACUGGAAGAGAAGAAACUGGACAGUGAGAACAUUUCUUUAACAAGUACUUUGAUAUUGACAGUUCUGAUAUGGGCGUUCAAAAAAGGAUUCAAUGACUUUAAAGCUUCAACCUUAGCUUAUUGCUUUAUGUCUACUCAUGAAUAUUUUCUGGAUUCCCUCUGGAGAAAUCAGAUCGAGGUUUAUUCAUUUUUCAAAGAAAUAUUGAUACGUCACACUAUUGAGGACUCUCCAUUGAGCAAUCAUGUCUUCACGAUCUAUGAGUGCAAAGAUUGUUUAUUGUAUUUUUGUGAUACUUAUCUACAAGUCCUACCUCUGCUGCGUUGUAGACUGAUGCCCAACAUGAGAAUUAAACUUUCUUGGCAAGACAAAAAAGGCGUCAAUAAUGGGCAGAAUGCAUCCACAACAAAAUAAAAAGUUUUUAAUUAGGAUUCUCUACUUUUACGUUCAAUUAAAUUUAAUAGAGCUACGGUAUCAAAUGUUUGAUUUCAAUAAUAAAUAAAUGAGACUAUUUUGAUUCAA